UUCCGUUGUAAAUGCGCAGGCGCCAGAGAUGCGAUCAAUCAGAGAAGUUCUCAUGACGCGAUAGCAGGGACAGCUGCAAAAUAUCUCAGCAAAAUGGCAGUGGAGAAGCGCUUGGCAUUCUCUAUUGUGCAGUUUCUGCGAGAUCAAACUCACUGUGGCGCUUUGAAUUCCGAUGAGCAGGAAAGCCUCGAAGUUGCAAUACAAUGUUUGGAGACCACCUUCAAGAUCAACUCCAGUGACUGUCAUCUCGCAGCACCACAACCUCUCACUGAAAUAUUCCUCAAUUCUCUCCUCAAGAAUGAUCAGAAUAACCCUGUGCCACCAGAGACGUCCCCAUCACCAGAAGACACAGAGAGGGCAGAACAACUGAAGAAUGAAGGGAAUAAUCACAUGAAAGAGGAGAACUACAGCUGUGCAGUGGAAUGCUACUCAAAAGCCAUCAAUCUGGACCUCCGAAACGCUAUCUACUACUGUAACAGGGCUGCCGCCCACAGUAGACUGGGUAACUACACAGAGGCAACGGGGGACUGUGAGAGGGCCAUAGGGAUCGACCCCAGCUACAGUAAAGGCUAUGGGAGAAUGGGAUUGGCAUUUACUGCUAUGAAUAAGUACCCAGAGGCCAUCUCCUACUUUAAGAAAGCUCUGGUGUUAGAUCCAGAGAACGACACCUACAAAUCCAACCUGAAGAUUGCUGAGCAGAAGCAAACAGAGGCAGUCAGUCCUAUAGCUACGGGACUGGGAUUUGACAUGGCCAGCCUCAUCAACAACCCUGCCUUCAUCAGCAUGGCCGCCAGUGUGAUGCAGAACCAGCAAGUGCAACAGCUUAUGUCUGGGAUGAUGUCCAAUGCAGUUGGGGGCCCAGCAGCAGGAGUGGGAGGGCUGUCGGACAUCUCCAGCCUGAUUGAAGCUGGUCAGCAGUUUGCCCAGCAGAUCCAGCAUCAGAACCCAGAGUUGAUCGAACAGCUGAGGAACCACAUCCGCAGCCGCUCCUUCAGUGGCAGCGCUGAGGAGCACUCGUGAUCCACACAGGUCUGUGUACUACGACACAGAGGUUAGGGCUCGCUCUUAGAGUGCAUCUCCAUAGUCUAAUAAAGAGGUGUCCUCCCCUUCACGUGCUCUAAUGGAAUGGUGAGAAUUAGCAUGGAGAUUGUGGUGGAUUUGAUACCACCUGUCCAGUUAUAUCAUAGCAGAGGCCUGAUUGUACAUGUGCGCUUUUGUUUUACUGGCAAUAGAUGGAUCAGGAUCUGCAUAUUAACUACUUAAACGGUUAUUACCAUGUUGUUACACAAGGUGAAAAGGACAUUUGAAGGCAUGUAAAUGUUUCUUACCUUCAGCGUAUAAGUUUCAAUAAAGGAAGGGCAACCAUAUGAUGUGAUUACAAUCUCUACACCCAUUCCUUAAACUCACAUCACCGACAGAGCUGGAAUGAAGGGACAGAUGGGGACGAUGGCACUUCACUGGGACUGGGUCUUCAGAGAGGAAAGGAAACAUUUUACACACCCAAUCAGGAGACAGAGUAUCUAACACAUUCUAUGUACACUGAACAAAAAUAUGAACACCACAUGUAAAGUGUUGGUCCCAUGAUUUCAUGAGGUGAAAUCAAAGAUCCCCAAAAUGUUCCAUAUGCACAAAAAAGCUUAUUUCUCUAAAAUGUUGUGUACAAAUUUCUUUACUUCCCUAUUAGUGAGCAUUUCUCCUUUGCCAAGAUGAUCCAUCCACCUGACAGGUGUGGCAUGUCAAGAAACGGCAUGGUCAUUACACAGGUGCACCUUGUGCUGGGGACCAUAAAAGGCCACUCUAAAACGUGCAGUUUUGUCACACAACACAAUGCCACAUAUUUCUCAAGUUUUGAGGGAACGUGCAAUUGGCAUGCUGACUGCAGGAAUGUCCACCAGAGCUGUUGCCAGAGAAUUGAAUGUUAAUUUCUCUACUAUAAGCCACCUCCAAUGUCAUAUUAGAGAAUUUGGCAGUAUGUCCAAUCGGCCUGACAACCGCAGACCAUGUGUAUGCCAACAUGUGGGCGAGUGGUUUGCUGAUGUCAACAUUGUGAACAGAGUGCUCCAUAGUGGCGGUGAGGUUAUGGUAUUGGCAGACAUAAGCUACAGAAAACGAACACAAUUGCAUUUUUUAGACGGAAAUUUGAAUGCACAAAAAUAAUGUGACGAGAUCCUGAGGUCCAUUAUGAAGCCAAUUUUUUUUUAUAGGUAUAUGUGACCAACAGAUGCAUAUCUGUAUUCCCAGUCAUGUGAAAUCCAUAGACGGGCCUAAUGAAUUUAUUUCAAUUGACCGAUUUCCUCAUAUGAACUGUAACUCAGUAAAAUCAAUUAAAUUGUCUUUUAUAUUUUCGUUCAGUAUAGACGAUACCCAAUCAGGAAACAGAGUUCCAAACACAUUCAAGACACCCAAUUAGUUUCAAAUACAUUUCCACCAAACAUUGUGCACAGUUCUAGAGACCCACAUUAAAUAAAGUUUAUUUGUCACAUACACAGAUUAGCAGAUGUUAAAGCAGGUGCGGCGAAAUGCUUGGUUUUUUAGCUCCAGCAGUGCAGUAAAUGCCUAACAGUAUAACACUAAUACACAAAAAAGAAGAGACAGAGAAACAAGAAAUGAAUACAUAUCAGAACAAGGAUUAUUGCAAAUGGAUUUGUGUUUUUCUACAUUGUUUGUAUAUUGUGCUGUAGUAGCAAUGUCCUAACCAUUGCCCUGUUCCUAUACUGAAUUACAGAUCCUUUGUUCCUCUGAAAGAUUUCACUGAUCCAACAGAAUUGUAUGUAGGAGAAUGCAGGGGUGUAUUCAGUGAGGGGAAACCAGGUAGAAAUUAAAUGAAUAGAGCGGAUACAAUUCCCUAUUCUACAUGACAGGCAAUUGUACCUGGUAUACACAAUACAGUUCUAUGUUAACGUUCUGUAACAUUGCACCUGCAAGUACUGGCCCCAGGAUUUGAUUUAUUAAUAUUGCUUGUAGUAAUUGCCUUGAUGAGGGGAAGGAAUUGAGGAAGGGGAGAAAUUGAGGAAGGAGAUAAGGAAUGAGAGUAUAAAGGGAUGAAGAAAUUAAGGAGAGAAAGGGAGAAAAUAAUUAAGAAAGGUGCGAAAAGGGAUUAGAGAAAGGAGGAAGGAAUUAAGGAAGGUCUGAAAGGGAUCAAGGAUGCAUGUGUGAAGUAUUUGAACAGGGAGCACGUAUUCCUUUUCUCAUGAUUACAUGACAGUUAUACACGAAAGAAGGGUUACAUUGUUUUCUAUUCUACCAUGUUCAAACUGUUAUUUUUGUACCAAAUAUUUUGCUAUAGUUGCUGUUGGGUCAAACAAAUGGCCGAAGCCUUGAAAGCAUUGCUUUCAAUAGUAAUUAUCUGACUGCUAAAUUGACGAUAAAUGAGUGUCCUUGAAAGUAUGCUUGGUGUCUGCAGCCCCUGGAUUUACAAUCAUAGCAAACACACGUCAAUGCCAUUUCCCUUUUGAUUCAGUUUCAGUUCACAUAGCUAAAGCAAUGUUGAUAGCUAGUAUAAGACUCAUUCAGUCUUGUUGAUUUUGCAUGCUCUUCCAUCUGAUGUGUCAGACAAGCUAAUGAAUAUGCUUGUAAAACAAAGCAGCAUAAUGUUUUGUCCAAAAAUAUGUCUCAAUAAAAUGUAUUACAAUUGA